ACACCUGUAACUCCAGCUGUCUGCAGGUGGUCCCCACAGCUUCACAGAGCCUAGGGGGUGCCCUCAGGGGAGGAUGGCCCUUCUCACGCCUCCAAACCAAGACCUCUGAAGAUAGCGGCUUGGGGAAUACCAGAUGCCAGCCCUAGGCAUGCUGAUUUCUAUUUUCUUAACAUUUAUCUUGAGCUUGAUGGAAUUGAAUUGGACUGGAGACGAUAGUUAAGAAAGAAUGAAAGUGAGCCACAUCUAUGAGCCUGUGCUUUAAAGCCUGAGAACGGCAACUUUUGAGCCCACGUGCCACAACUACUGAAGCCCAAGCCACCGCAACAAGAACCCCACACACCGCAAUGAAGAAUAACCUCCGCUCGCCACAGACCUGCGCGCAACGAAGACCCAGUACAGCCACAAAUAAAUGCAUAAAUAAAAAUGAUAUUAAAAAGAUCACCCCCAAAUCCAGCCCUGGUCUCCACCUGCACCACCAGCGCCUGGUCAUGGCUGCAGGGCCCAGGUUUUCAGUGGCCUCCUCCUGCCUCUCCACACCCACCCCUGACCCUACACACAUGGGUAGAUCCCCACCUGACCCUGCUCAGCUCCUCCAGCCUGUCCCUCACACAGAUGCCAGACCAGAGUCCUUCCAGGGGCCCAGGCCCUUACCUGCCUAUUCCCCUUUCCAGGCACAGAGGCUUCCCUGAGCUUCUCCGGCACCACUAGCUCACUCCCUCCACUGGGCCUUUGGCAUUGAUGUUCCUGUGCUUGGAGCCACCUCCCCUCUUUGCUGGGAUCUGAGACCGUUAUUGCAGUGCUUGCUCCUGGACAAACAUCUCCUCAAGCAACAAAAUACAAAGAAAGUAUAAGGGACUAAAAACAACUGCAGGCAUGCAGAAAGGUGACAAAUUCUGGACAAGAUACAAAAAAUACAAGACCUAAACAAAACCACCCAACUGCCACUUCUGAAGAGCUGGGGGCAAAAGCAGUGUACUGCCCGUGCCCCCUGCCUUCAACAUGACCCAAGGGGUGGGCAAACCACCUAAGCCACCCCUCUGGCCCGACCACUGGACCCACUCCCACCUUCAACCUGUAUAAGGAACCAGGUCAAGCCUCCUCGAGGAGCAAUCAAGGGAAACUCGUGUUUUUGCUCCUUCCUGGGGCCGCAGGAGCCCCGAUAAAGCCUUGCCUGAAUUUCUCAUCUGGCCUCUUAUCUGUUUCUGUUUAUUAAGGAGGUCAAGAAUCCUGCUCGGUAUCAAGCUCCUAAGACCCACUUCAUCACGUCAUCAAGGGCUCUGCUAAGACGUCACUUCUUCCUGGAGGCCUUCCUCCACCACCCUGUCCCACGAUUCUCUAAGCCUCUCCCAGCCUCAUCUCUUCCCAGUAUUUUCUUCACCUGAAACCACAGAGCGGCUGCAAGUCUAAACCUAGGCUCAGGCAUGCAGGGGGCUAGAAGCACCCACCAAAGCGUCUCCCUGCCCCCUGGGUGAGCUUGCUCAGCAUCGGGCAGGACCUCUCAGUUCUUUUAAAUAAAAGGGGUGCCUAUGACCCAAAGCCUCUCGGAUGAAAAGCGUCUGAAAAGGUUGCUCGCUUACUAAUUAAAGGCGAGCCACACUUUCCCCUCCUGGUCUCUGCAGUCAACCCCCAGUGGCUACCUGAUAGUCACCGCCAGGUAGGGUUACACAGAGGCCCGCGAUCUUGCCAUUUGCUGCGAUGAUUGAGUCGACAAGGCUGAGUGACUCCGUGGAAAUAUUUCCCGGUUGGACUAAGCUGUUGGCGGCCUGCUUACCAUCACGCUUGCAUUUAUAAUGAAAAAGGAAUCUAUUUCUGCUUUGAAGGAUGGCGGCUCCAGAAAUGAAGGAGGUGGAGGUGGAGGUGGAGCCCGGCCUCCGAGGUCCUGAAAUAGUUACGAUGGGGGAGAACGACCCGCCUGCUGCUGAAGCCCCCUUCUCCUUCAGAUCACUUUUCGGCCUUGACGAUUUGAAAAUAAGUCCUGCUGUACCAGAUGCCGAUGCGGUGGCUGCCCAGAUCCUGUCUCUGCUGCCAUUGAAGUUCUUUCCCAUCAUCGUCAUUGGGAUAAUUGCGUUGAUAUUAGCGCUGGCCAUCGGUUUGGGCAUCCACUUUGACUGCUCCGGGAAGUACAAGUGCCGGUCGUCUUUUAAGUGUAUUGAGCUGACAGCUCGAUGCGACGGGGUGUCAGACUGCAGAGACGGGGAGGAUGAGUACCGAUGUGUCCGUGUGAGUGGCCAGAACGCCGUGCUCCAGGUGUUCAUGGCUGCCACCUGGAGGACCGUGUGCGCCGAGGACUGGAAGAGUCACCAUGCGACUGUCGCCUGUGCCCAGCUGGGGUUUCCAAGCUACGUGAGUUCAGACACCCUCAGAGUGGAUUCGCUCGAAGAGCAGUUUCGAGAGGACUUCGUGUCCAUCAAUCACCUCUUGCCAGAUGACCAAGUGACUGAUUUGCACCACUCGGUGUACGUGAGGGAGGGAUGUACCUCAGGCCACGUGGUUACCUUGAAAUGCUCAGCCUGCGGUCUGAGGACGGGCUCCAGCCCCCGCAUCGUGGGUGGAAACACAUCCUCGCUGGCUCAGUGGCCCUGGCAGGCCAGCCUGCAGUUCCAGGGCUACCACUUGUGCGGAGGGUCGGUCAUCACCCCGCUGUGGAUUGUCACAGCUGCCCACUGUGUUUAUGAUCUCUACCUCCCCAAGUCCUGGACCAUCCAGGUGGGCCUUGUUUCCCUGCUAGACAGUCCAGCCCCCUCCCAUCUGGUGGAAAAAAUCAUCUACCACAGCAAGUACAAGCCGAAGAGAUUGGGCAAUGACAUCGCCCUCAUGAAGCUGGCCGGGCCUGUCACUUUCAAUGAGAUGACCCAACCAGUCUGUUUGCCCAACUCCGAAGAGAACUUUCCUGAUGGAAAAUUGUGCUGGACAUCAGGCUGGGGGGCCACAGAGGAUGGAGGUGAUGCCUCCCCGGUCCUCAACCAUGCGGCCGUGCCUCUCAUCUCCAACAAGGUCUGCAACCACAGGGAUGUGUACGGUGGCAUCAUCUCCCCGUCCAUGCUCUGCGCUGGCUACCUGAAAGGCGGUGUGGACAGCUGCCAGGGAGACAGCGGGGGUCCCCUGGUAUGUCAGGAGCGGAGGGUGUGGAAGCUGGUGGGAGCCACCAGCUUUGGCAUCGGCUGUGCCGAGGUGAACAAGCCCGGAGUCUACACACGCAUCACUUCCUUCCUGGACUGGAUUCACGAGCAGAUGGAGAGGGACCUGAAAACUUGACAAGUUAGAGGCAAGUUACCACCAUGAGUUCCUGCCAAGAUGGAGACAUUCCCAUCCUUCCAUGGAUUGUAACAGCAGAGCUGAAUGAAGGAGCAUCUUUUCAUUCCUCCACAUCUAGAACAAUUUUCUUCUAUCAUCUCUGACAAGCCAGAGGGGCAUCAGAAUAAAACGAUCCUGAACCUCCUUUCUGAUCUUCCCAAGAACAGAAGCAGGAAUACCUCCUAAGUGCUACCUUUUCCCACUUUUCCAUCUGGUUUCCUCCCUUGCAGAGCCCCUCAGCAAAGAUAUGCAGCCAGGACCUACAGGAGUGCUGUCAACGUAGACACAGCUGUCCACACCUUUCAUCCAGGUACCAGAACCAAACCGAUUUUUUGUACCAGGAUCUCCUUUGACACGUGGGAACUUAUAGGUGAUUAUAGUUUUGUAGUCUUUGGUCCUCGAUGUAUCAUUGUCUCUUGCUUCCGAAGGGCAUAGACUUUCAUAGCAAGUUCAUCACUCGGAAUUUAUUGAAUGAAUCUUGAUUGUUCAUGUAAGCUUGAUUCAAGAGGCUCAAUUCCUUUGAUCUGUUGGAACGGAUUUAUUGGGAAAUCAGAAUCAUCCCCUAUUACAUCAAAGUAGUCAGAGGCAGAGUAAGAAAAAAAAGGAAUACGUCAGGACCACCUAACUCCCACACAAUGUUACCGAAGGCCAACUAGACAGUUUCAUGUCAUUAAGACACUAGGGCUUCUCUACCUCUCCCUAUGGGCCUGUUAAAUCUCCUGCACAGCUGCAGGUUAGAGGCCCCUCCUGGUACCCACCCAUCCUCUGAAGUCCCCAUAAAACAUGCAUAACAGAGGAAGAUUCCUUGGUAAGUAAUCAUUGUCCAGGGGUGCUUUAUCACAAGUGACUUUGUUAGAGUAUGAAUCUGUUGCUUUGCCCUCAGGCAACAGUGGGAAAGAUGGGUGAGUUCCAAGGAGAUCAGAGAUAGGUCCAGGUGCCUGGGGAAGGGCCAGCUCCAGGGAGCCUCCUGGGCCAUGUGUUAGAGCAGGAUGGAGGAAGAUAUGGAGGGUGAGCUCAGGCAAACUGCUAGGACGCACUUCACUGCAUCAGAGUUCCUGCACAGAUCUCUCUGCAUGUCAGAAAGCGAAAAGACCGUUUUUAUUUUGAGUGCUUCUGCCCAGCUCUCUUUGAAAGCAAUGGUAGCUCACAAAAGCAUCUUGAGAAAGAGCAACAAAGCUGGAGGUAUCACUCUCUUGAUGUCAAAUACAAAGUUUCAGUCCUCAAAACAGUAUGGUACUGGCAUGAAAACGUAUACAUCAAUGGAACAGAAUGAAGUAAACCUGCGUUUAUAUGGGCAAUUAAUCUACAAAAAAGAGGCAAGAAUAUACAGUGGGGGAAUGGACAAUCUCUUUAGCUAAUGCAAAAGAAUGAAAGUGGCCUACUUUCACACCAUACACAAAAACAAGCUCAGCAGGGCUUAAAGACAUGAAUGUUGCCUGAAAGUGCAAACUGUGCAGAAGAAAAUAUGGGCAGUAGGUUCUUUGAAAUUAGUAUUAAUAUUGUUUUUUAACCUGUCUCCUCAGAAAAGCAAAAAUAAAUCUUACUAAAAAGCAUUUUGCACAGCUAAGAAAAGCAUCAGUAAAAUGAAAAGGCUGCCUACUGAAUGGGAGAAGGUAUUUGCAAAUGAUAUAACCAAUAGAAGUUUAAUAUCCAAAGUAUACAAAGAACUCCUACAACUCAAUAGCAAAAAAAUGCAAACAAUCCAAUUUAAAAAAUGGGCAGAGGAUCUGAAUAGACAUUUUUUUUCAAAGAAGACAUACCAAUGGUUGGCAAACACAUGAAAAGAUGUUCAGCAUCAAUAAUCACCAGGAAAAUGCAAAUCAAAACCACUCUUGUCAGAAGGGCUAUUAUCAAAAAGAACACAAAUAACAAAUGUCAGUGAGAAUAUGGAACCCUUGUGCACCAUUGGUAGGAAUGCAAGCUGGUGCAGCCACUAUGAAAAACAGUCUGGAGAUUCCUCAAUAAACUAAAAAUAGAGUGACUAUUUGAUCUAGCAAUUCCACUUCUGGAUAUAUGUCUGAAAAAAAAAAACACUACUCA